UCAUUCUGUUCUGUCUUUUGUCGUGAAAUAAAAUGUUUUCGACGCUCCGACGCGCCAUGUAUCUCCGUCGAUUGGCUGUGAUCUCCCCGAAGAAAAGGGCCUUCAGCAGUAAAAUUUCCGAAGAAAUCGAUCUCCGAGUAUUGAAUGAGCUGAAUCAGGAAAUGCAAUCAAUCUUUGGAGCUGAACCUCCUGCCACAAUGGACUACCCUGAGUUGAACUCCAGUAUUGGAUCUACAAAACCGGAGAGUUCUAGGCAAUACGAACAACCUGCAAAAGUGGUUACCGAUGAUAUCUCUAAGCUGACACAUGUUGGGGUCUCCGGGGAAGCUCAGAUGGUGGAUGUUUCUUCAAAGGACAACACUAAGAGAACCGCAUUGGCUUGCUGCAAAGUGAUUCUAGGGAAAAGAGUUUUCGAUUUGGUCUUAGCCAAUCAAAUGGGGAAAGGAGAUGUUCUCGGAGUGGCCAAAAUCGCUGGCAUCAACGGAGCGAAACAAACCAGCAGUUUGAUCCCAUUGUGUCAUAACAUUGCUCUUACGCAUGUUCGUGUUGACUUGAGAUUAAACCCUGAGGAUUUCAGUGUUGACAUCGAAGGAGAAGCUUCUUGCACUGGAAAAACAGGAGUUGAGAUGGAAGCUAUGACUGCUGUAUCAGUUGCUGGUUUAACUGUUUACGACAUGUGCAAGGCUGCUUCCAAAGAUAUCAGCAUUACAGAUGUCAGGCUUGAACGUAAAACUGGUGGAAAGAGUGGCUAUUGGUCUAGAGGCGAGUGAAAACACUUGUCUCCGUAGCUAUGGAGUCACAGAUUACGCGUAGACAAAGCCAUAGCUAGCCUUGCCUGGACCAAAAAAAACCGUCUUAAAAAGAUUUGGUUGAUGAACCAACCGGUCAAGUACGUCUUGUGUAUUUAUGUAUUUAUAUUUGUACCACUUCAUCUUAAAUUUUGACUACAUGUGGUUUUAACUACCGUUUUUAUUCCUAGUGGCAUUCCGAUAUUCAAUA